AUGUUCAUAAUAUCUUUAGACUUUUUAGGUAUUGAAACUAAGCAGAUUAAUUUUACAAAUGUUAAUCUGACUUCAUCAGUCGAUAUUAGAUCAUCUAAUAUCCAAAAUACUGUUCAGAAAAACAGUUCUAAUGAAAUCGAAUUAGAAAAUUAUUUUCAAGAAUAUAAUAGUAAUAACAGUCAAAAAAGUUAUAAUGAUCAAGAAAAUUAUGAUGAUCAAGAAAGUUACUAUGACCAAAAAAGUUACAAUGAUCAAGAGGAACUAAAUGAAUAUGAAGUUAAUGGUAAUGAAAAUAUAUCUUUUAAAUUUAAAAAUCAAUAUAAUGGACUUCAAGAUAUACAUCUUAUAAUGGUAAGGCUAGAUCUUAUUUUCCAAAUAAAUGAUGUUUAUUUGGUAUACGAAACACAUGAUAGUCAUAAUGUUAAUAUUAAUUUGAUGAAUACCCCAUUUACCUCUACUUCUUUUAAAGAAGGUUAUACAUUUUCUAUUCUUGAUACCAUUCAAUGCAUUAUUAACAGUCCAUCAAUUUAUUUAAAAUUAUAUUUUGAUCUUGGAGUUGAAGCUUUAGAAAGGACAAAGUUGUGGUAUAGACGAAUAUGA